GGCGGGCGGCGGAGCGCGGCGAGGGAGGCCCACAAAGUAGCAGAAAGUGAGGCUGGCGGCGGCGGCAGGAAGUCUGUGCCCGAGCCGAGCCCACGGCGGAGCCGGGCAGGGCGGGCGGCGAGAGCGAAAGAGGAAACUGCGGGCGAGGCAGCGCCCCCCGCGCCCCGCGCCCCGCGCCCGUGCGCCCCCGGCCCCGCGCGCCCCCCGCUGCCAUGGCCCGGGAGAACGGCGAGAGCAGCGCGUCCUGGAAGAAGCAAGCCGAGGACAUCAAGAAGAUCUUCGAGUUCAAGGAGACCCUGGGAACGGGGGCUUUUUCCGAAGUGGUCUUGGCUGAGGAGAAGGCGACGGGAAAGCUCUUUGCGGUGAAGUGCAUCCCCAAGAAGGCGCUGAAAGGCAAAGAGAGCAGCAUCGAGAACGAGAUCGCGGUGCUGAGGAAAAUCAAGCAUGAGAACAUCGUGGCCCUGGAAGACAUCUACGAAAGCCCAAAUCACCUGUACCUGGUCAUGCAGCUCGUGUCGGGCGGGGAGCUGUUCGACCGCAUCGUGGAGAAGGGCUUCUACACGGAGAAGGACGCCAGCACGCUCAUCCGCCAGGUGCUGGACGCGGUCUACUACCUGCACAGGAUGGGGAUCGUGCACCGCGACCUCAAGCCGGAGAACCUGCUGUACUACAGUCAGGACGAGGAGUCCAAGAUCAUGAUCAGCGACUUCGGCCUGUCCAAGAUGGAGGGCAAAGGGGACGUCAUGUCCACGGCCUGCGGCACUCCGGGCUACGUGGCUCCCGAGGUCCUCGCGCAGAAGCCCUACAGCAAGGCUGUGGACUGCUGGUCCAUCGGCGUCAUCGCCUACAUCCUGCUCUGCGGCUACCCCCCCUUUUACGAUGAAAAUGACUCGAAGCUCUUCGAACAGAUCCUCAAAGCCGAAUAUGAGUUCGACUCCCCCUACUGGGACGACAUCUCCGACUCCGCCAAAGACUUUAUCCGGAACCUGAUGGAGAAAGACCCCAAUAAAAGAUACACGUGUGAGCAGGCGGCUCGGCACCCCUGGAUCGCUGGUGACACGGCUCUCAAUAAAAACAUCCACGAGUCUGUCAGCGCACAGAUCCGGAAGAACUUCGCCAAGAGCAAGUGGAGACAAGCGUUCAACGCCACGGCCGUGGUGAGGCACAUGCGGAAGCUGCACCUGGGCAGCAGCCUGGACAGCGCCAGCGCCGGCGUCUCGGGCAGCCUCAGCCUGGCCAGCCAGAAGGACUGCCUGGCCCCGUCCACACUCUGCAACUUCAUCUCCUCCUCGACGGGGGUCUCCGGAGUGGCGGCGGAGCGGAGACCCCGGCCCACCACUGUGACCACAGCGCACUCUGGGGGCAAGUGACCAGCUCUGGGGUGCGGCCGCCCCGAGCCCCCCACCUGCAUGGCGCCCGCCCGCCCGGACUGGAAGACGUUUUUUAUGGCCAUAUUUUAUACUGCGACUCUCUGGUGUCCAUUUCUCACACUGACCUGCCUCGGGUCUCUCCUCGCCGAGGUCACGUCGACGCUGUCGUCCUCCUCGUUUCCUUAAUGACAACAAAGGUCUCAACUGGAUCCUUCCGUCUGGGUGAAUGGCGUCUCCUCGGCCGAGGGGCCCUGGCACUGCCUCCGCGCCCCCCGCCUCGGAGCUUGGCGUUUCGGGUCAAGCCGAGGCAGUUUCUGCUUCUCCCUCCGGGAAAUCAUUUCAGUGUUGCUUUCGGGGUCUUGGUCUUCUCGGUGCGGGUCUGAGGACUGGGCGCUGUCCCUCUCCUCUCCGUCAGCUCCCUGAGGUGAAGGCCACAUUUGAGGAGCUUAAGGAGACGCCCUUCAGAGCCCUCGGGAGCCCCGGGCCCCGCUCUCCCCAGCGCUCAGCUGCGCACUCCGAGAGUUCAGCCCGUUUUCUACAGCGCCCGUUUCUAAUCUCCCCUGCAGACGGCUUCUCCCCUCCCUCCGCGUGGCUGCUGCAGGCGUGGCCGGCUCUUCCCCGCACUCUCUGGCACUCGCUGUUGGGGGAAAGACGCAGUCGGUCUGGGGCGGGGAGGUGUGAGCCCCAGGCGGGCCGCUGCCCCAGGGGACAGGGCAGGCGUGUCAGAACCCAGAGGCCUGUGGCCGCCCGCCCGCCGCAGCCCGGCCGGAGGGACUGAAGACAGGGGUGGGGGCUGCUGGGCCUCAGACGUGCCGUGGCUAGGCCCGUGGCCCCCACGGGGUGGACAGGUCCAGUUCAGUCAGCACAGCAUGGAGCCCAGCCAUGGGGCUCUUCAAGAGGGCCCCAGAAUGGCCUCUGAGGAGUGACCGGUGCCCACCCACACGUUCCCGCAGCCCAGACGGACACCAUCAGCCUCACACUCACGCUCCCCAGGCCUUCCUACCCCCGGCCCGCUGUCCUCCCCCCUCCUCCCCACUGCCCACGCCCCACCUUGGUUCAGGGAUGGUCCCAGCCCCAACACACACAUAUACACAGGCAUGUGCGUGCAUGCAAGCACAUACAUCCCACAUGCAUAUGUGCACUUGCAGGCACCCAAUCACACAGAUAUGUACAUGUGUGCAUGCACAUGUGCACACCUACAGGCACAUGUACAUACAUGCAUGAACAUAUAUACAUCUGAGAUACCGACUACAUGCAUGCACACAGGCACAUAUGCAUACAGGAACACAGAUACAUAUAUGUAUGCAGGCACAUGUGCACACAGGAACACAGAAAAACAUACAUUUACACGUGCAGAUGUGUGCACACAGACGCAUAGGAACACACAUACAUUUACACAUGCAGGCACGUGCACCUACAGGAACACAGGAAAACAUACAUUUACACAGAUACAUUUACACAGGCAGGCAGGUGUGCACACAUGGCGUCAUAGGAACACACAUACAUUUACAUGUGCACGCCUGCACAUGUAAAUGCAUCAUCAGGCCCCCCGGCCCGUGAGGUCACCAGGCAGGAAUACAGAAGAGCGGCUGGACAGACGGUUUACCUGCCCUGCGCCCACAGUCCCUUGGCGCACCCCCGUGUGGUCUCUGCAUGUCACAGCCACAGUCACUGUUCGGAGCCUGGGAGAGCCUUGGAAGUCUGUGGGAAGCAGCUGCCCGGGCCCCAGCAGGAGCACUCGCCUGCGAGCAGUAGCUGGAGCUGAGCUGUGGUAGGGCGGGCUCCGUGACAGAGCGUCCACGUGUCUCAGAAGGCGGGUGGGUGGCCUGUGGGCAUCACGUAGCCACGCUCUGGCGCUGCGCUGGCCAGCGUGCCCUGUGCGGGGAGGGUCUGCCCCCUGCGCUGGGGAGAGCAGGGCGUGCCCGCUGGCGCCCCUGGCCACGGGACACGUGGUUCCCACACGGGAGGAGAACCCCCACGUGCCUUUGGUCGAGAACCUGCAGCGGGGCACCGGGGUCGAGCUCGCCACUCGGGACACGCCGCCUCCUCACACAGGAAGGGCCUGUGAGACGCGUGUGCCCCGCCCGCAGCCCUUUGCCCUCAGUGUCUGGAGUGGGGGCGGAGACGGGCAGGUGUGCCCCCCCAGCUGUGUCCUCCGCAUCCCGGCCAGCCGUGCUUAGAACAGAAAGGGUGACGGACCCACCGCGUCUGGUUUCUGAAGAGAAGAAUUCUGUGGGAGGGAGGGAGGGAGGGAGGGAGGAAGGAAGGAAGGAAGGAAGGAAGGAAGGAAGGAAGGAAGGAAGGAAGGAAGGAAGGAAGGAAGGAAGGAAGGAAGGAAAGAAGGAAGGAAGGGAGCUUGACGGGAGGAAGGGAGGGAGGAGGGAGGGAGGGAGGGGGAGGGAGGGAGGGGGGGAGGGAGGGAGGAGGGGCAGAGCAGUGUGGCUUGACUGUCGCACUGGCUCUCAGUUCGUGUCCAAGGGCCACUCUGAGUCCUCUGGUGACCGGAUUGUAUGAUGACCCCAGACUCAGUUUACCCCCAGCAGGAACCUGCUGUCUCUCCUUCCUACGUAUCUCAGGUGAUGGCGGGGAGGGGCUCCCUGCGGAGCUAAGGCCGAGGACAGCAGGGGAAGGGGCGCAGGGGUGACCCCUCUGUCUUGCUCGGGAGGGCCAGGGCAGGGUCAGCCCUCGGGCAGGGCAAGGCCAGGGGUGUGCAGAUGUGGGGACCGAGCCCCGACCCCCUGCGUGUCCUCUAAGUGAUGCGACUUCCACCCCUCCCCUCUCUCCCUGUCUCUCUCCUCUCUCCUCUUUCCCUCCCUCGCUCCCUCCCUCCCUAUCUCCCUCCCUCCCUCUCUCCCUCCCUCCCUCUCUUCCUCUCCCCUCUCUCCCCCUCUCCUUCCUUCUCUCCCUCCCUCCCUCUCCCUCCCUCCCUCUCUUCUUCUCUCCCUCUGUCCCUCUCUCCCCCUCUCUCUCCUCUCCCCCUCCUCCUCUCUCCCUCUCUCUGCCCCCAGACCUUGCCCUCAAACACAUUCCAGACCAAACACUGUUCAGUUUGUCUCAGAAAAAAACAAUGUACAUACCUGUCUGUAAUCCACCACUUUGGGGGCUCUGGCCCGAGGUUUGGGGCUGCUAGCAUCUGCUUUUUAAUUAUUUUUUACAUUUUGGCCGAAAAUGUCCCCGUCCUUUUUGACUUUUCCAGACUUGAGAUGGGGGCGCAGGCCGGCAGCGGGGUCCUCAGAAGCGGGCGCCUGUGGGCAAGGCGGGCGUGGCCCAGCCUCCCUGAGGGCCUGCGACCACCCGUACUUUCGGGCCAGGCCUGGCACAUCCCCAGGGCCCGCGCAGCACUGUGACGGCCCCUCCACCUGCUGGCUGAGGCCGGGCCGCCCCCCCACACCUUCCCUCCCGCCGCCGCCGCCCAGGCGGGCUCAGUCCGGGCCCCUGCAGACCCCACGGGCUGCACCCCAGUGGCCGCCGCCCCCCGCAUGCAGCUGCCUGGGCCGGGGGUUGCCACGACGCCCCCUGGAACGGCUUCUCGCUGACCCCGUACCGGGGAGACGGUGCUGACUUCCCGCACCCACCCUUGGCGCUGCCCUUUGGAGCUUCUCUCACGGGGGCUUCUCAUCCCACGAGGAUUCUCACCCGGAGCCUUUCUGGGAGUGCUCGCCCUCGAGGUGGCUGCAGGGACCCUCUCUGGGACAGGGAAGGGCUUUAUCUUCAAGAGGGCCCCAGAAUGGCCUCUGAGGAGUGACCAGUCCCAGGACAGGGGAGUGUGGUGGGCGGCACCAGCCGAGGAGAGGCCGCGGGCACCCCAGACACGACCCGAGCCCAGAGAUCUUUGGGCUGGGCUGGGGAGCAGGGUCCUGGGUCUGUGACCCCUGCUCGCGGGCGCCCCUCUGGGGGCUCUGGCCGCACUGCCGUGACAGCCUGUCCCCAGAGACGGCCUGAGAGAAGGACCACCUCGGGGAGGCAGGCAGGGCGCCCCGUCAGAGCACAUUCGGAACUGUUUCUAAAUUGGCUUGAGUCACGGCCCCUGACGCCCCCCCACCACCCCUGCAGCGCCCCCAACAGUGAGCAUGUUUUCCAGAAGCUUCCACCGUCGAACCCAGGAAUGCCCCCGCCCCCGACUAUUCUUACCAGGCUUGUGAUCGGUUUAACUUUUCUGUAAAACAAAAACAAACAAAAAUGCUCGUCCAAAAGAAAGGGAACUGCCCACUUCCCCGUGCAUGAAUGGACCGCCGUCCCGAGGGGCUGCCCCGAGGGGCCGUGUCCCGGCCUAUGUAGCAAACGAUUCUCUGCCUUGACAAUCAUGUACACAUCCCCGAUUUCUAUCACCGUGGUAACGAGAUGGAUGACUUCCUGUUUUCCGCCAAUAAAGACGAUUAACCGCCUUCA